AUGUUUUCUCUCUUUUCUCUCUUUCCAACAUUUAUUAUAUUCACAGAUUUUCUUGACACUCGCGUUUUGUUACCUUCUGAUGCAUCCCCUUCACAAUGUCCAUCCGGAUUAGCUAAGGCCAUAUCGCCGAAAUUACUCUCUACUAUUAAACACGGUUAUGAACACGAUGAACCUCCCUCUCAUGAGCACAUCGCGAAUCAAGAACUUUCAUUUCAUACGAGUGUCAUUGACAUGAUCGGAGAAGUGUAUGGAAGCAAACAGUAUAAGAAGAAGUCUCUAAGAUUGGAUAAAAUAAAUUCAAAUACAACAAAACCCUGUAAAAACUGGCAUAUCCAUAAAUUAAACAAUGAUAUAUUACAACAAAACGUAAUUCUGAGUUGCCGUUUUAGUGCAUGUGGUAAAAACCCAUAUACAGAAAAUGCAAACACAUCCUACUAUCCUGCUGUUCUGACCUUUUCCUAUGUUCGAAAGUUGGUCUUACCACCUAUGACUCAAUUGGCAACCGUCCUUCCCAUCCUUCCCACUGGAAAAAUUCUGGAAUUCAGUACUUCAAGCAGCUGCAGAGCACCGCAAUUUCUGCUACAAGAAAUGGCGCUGUGCAUGUGUGGCAGUAUCCUCCCAGAUCAGCGUCCUCCUCCUCCUCUUCACAGUACUGGUCUGCCUUUUGCCUCUGCCAACUCAUCAUUUGUUUCUUCAGUGGUAGAGGAAUGCAUGCAAUUUAUGCCUAACCGCAAGGCACCAGGCCCAGAUCACAUCAGAGCAGAAAUGUUGAAAGUAAUUCGACCACAAAUUGCUCCACUACUCUCACUCUUGUUCACCAUCUGCAUCUUUGGACCGUCUGUUGUCACUCAUCAUCGUUCUGGAGCAUUGGCUGCUAUGGCAACUCUUACUGCUGUUGGUGCAUGUAGAUCUGGUUUCAGUUUGCUCUUAAGUUCAUGUCUGUUCAAAACCUUUAUACAACCAAAAUUCGAGUAUGGUCUUGCAAUCACAUGUCUUUUGCAAAAAGAUGUUUUACUUCUAGAGAAAAUUCAAGAUAAAUGCUUGCGAAUGAUUGUUGGUGGCCAUGCAACUUCAUCUACUGCAGUCUUGAAACAUAUCUGCAACCUGCCCAGUAUGGCUUUUCGCGUUGACAUUCUCAAAACAAAAUUUUGUCUUUGGGCACACACUCUUCCUUCUGGUUGUCUUCUCUCUCUGCUCCAUUCUCAUCAUCUCCAAGCAUCAACACUAUCCACUCUUCACACAAACCUUCUUUUUGCCAGAAUUCCUCCUGAUCUUAAUUGCUCCAGCCGCAUAAAACUAUCCAAGCACUUUGAGUCUUUUAGACAAGAAAAGUUUGCUCACUUUCAUCUCACCAACACUAAGAUUCUCAUCCAAGCUUGCCGCCCUCUUCUUGAAGUUGAUCCUGUAUUGUUUCUUUCUGCUACACACAUAGAACGUGGCCGUCUAGUACGUUGGAGAAUGUGCUGGUUGCCUGGUAAGCCAAAGGAGUGUGCAUGUGGCUUUGAUCAUACUUCAAGACGUCAUCUCCAAUUCCGCAUCACAAUCCCAUCUCAGCUGUUCUCUCAACUUUCAGCACCACCCACAGAUGAAGACAACAUCAUUGACUUUGCUAUAUCAGCACUACCAAUCUCGUCUACACAUCCAAGCCCUCUAUAUUGGAAAGCUCUUCUUACAAUACUAUAG